GGUGGCCUGGCUCUGACAUUUCACCCAAGAAUUUCUAUCUACCGACUAUCGCUGGCCGAUCUCCACCAAAUCUGCAAACCCCCCAAACCCUAGCUCCCCCAAAUCACCGUGCGUCCAUGCCGACCCCUUCUCUCGAGCUCCAAUUCACCGCAAUGGCGCAGUGUGAUCCGUGCGUGUGAGAGGCGCCAAAUCCCUCCUCCAACCAUGGAGCAGAGCGAUGGGCCCAAGCGACCGAAGCUCGCCGACGCCGCCGACGGCGACGAGGACCGCCUCAGCGUGCUGCCCGACGACAUUCUCAUCCACAUCCUCGUCAAGCUCCGCUGCACCCCCAUGGCCGCUCGGACCAGCGUCCUCUGCCGCCGCUGGCGUGGCCUCUGGAAGCUCGUCCCGGAGCUCAACUUUCCCCUCGGCACCGAGCCGCACCGCAUACGCUCUGCCCUCACAGCCCACGAAGCGCCGGUCAUCCACUUCCUCGUCGUCGACCUCCAGGACGCCGCAGCGGAGUCGGUGGCGACGUGGAUCCCCAUCAUCGUGCCCCGCCUCCUCGGCGAACUAGUCAUCUUCAAUCUCAGGCGGGACUGGGAUGGGGAAACAGGCACAGUUGAGCUGCCUUGCUUCCAGGGUGCCGAUUGGAUCUCCCUCGACCUAGACAAUCUUGGCCUCGCCCUGCCGCCCUCCGGCGUGUUUGCCCGGCUCACCGAUCUCUGUCUGGUAGCCGUUAGGAUGCGUGGUCCCUGCAGACUUGGUGAUGUUGUCUCCUCGCCACGAUGCCCAUCGCUGCGGAAACUCAUCCUACGCGACGCCCAGGUCCGGGAUGACAUUGUAAUCCACUCAGAGUCUCUCUUACAAAUAGGGAUGGAUAAUGUGUUACUAGACAACAACGCCUUGGGUCCGGGCAUCCUCGACAUUUCCUCAGAGUCUGUCCUCCAAAUAGAUCUGAAGAAUUUAAUUGGCGUGCGGAAGCUCCUUGUCAUGGCUCCUGCACUCAUUUCAUUGAAAGAGAAAGACACCACCUACAUUGCUGAUCCUGUGGAUCCGAGUCAACCACUUGCCAACAUCUCAGCCCCUCGGCUCACGUUUCUUGAGUGGAAUGCUCGUUAUGAUAGAAGAUCCAUUCAGCUUGGCAAGAUGGCACAUCUCCAAUGGCUGCACGCCGGUCAAUUUCUUGUAUAUGGAUCCAAUGAGGAUUUUGCACACAAUCGCAUCAGGCUUUUGCAGCGCUUCGAGUUCAUCAUCUGUCUUGACCUUGCGCUUAACUAUCGGAAGGACAUAUCUGACCACCAACGCUACUUGAUGGAGGACAUGCCAGGGCUCCCACAUGUUUUAUUCUUGUCCGUAAAAGUUGCCGCGAAUGGACAUUCCUUUGGAGCCAGCUUAUUCCAUGCUCUCAGGGUGUGUACUGGUGUAAGAAAGCUGACUCUUGCAUUUGAUGUCAGUUCCAGGCAACUCGAGGCUCAAACUACAUGCUCGCUGGGUUGCAUAUGCCAUCAGCCACCAAACUGGAAAACUGACGAACUCCUGCUGAGUCACCUCAUAAUAAUCGAAAUCAGUGCCUGGAGAGGAACUGAAAAUGAAGUUGCUUUUGUGGAACGGUUGCUUAAUUGGGCAACAGUGCUAAAAGAAAUGACCAUAACUUUCCAUCAGUCAGUUACUGAAAGCAACGCCGAGGAUCUCUGCCAGACAUUACUAAGCUUCUCUAGACUGGAAACAUGCAUGAAAUUUUACGUGCAUCGUGGCUUGUACGAGAAGGUCCCGUAUUUUCCUGAAGGCUAAGGCACCUGCUUGUGUCUUGCACUAGUUGCUAUUCUUUUUGGUGUCAACAGCACUCUAUGUAAAGAUCAAAAUCUAGUAGAGUGGUCCAAGAUGUUACGAUAUCAUCAACCUAUUUUGCAAGAUGUUCGAACCUGCUUCAUGUUUUGUCUGUUGUACUGCUCACGAAUGGAGUUCUCGGCGCUGUUUUCGCAAGCCUUUGAUGUGUAAGAUCCAAAUGUUUGCAUGCAGAAGUGGUAGUGAACUCAUCAAGUUA